AUGGGCUGCUUCCCAAGCAAACAGGAUGAUGGCAGAGCGCUGGCACGCUCCUCCCGUGGACCCAUCUCCCACCAAACACAAAUACCCAUACAAUCCCUUCACGACGCCGAUACGGAAAGCGUCGUCUUCACUGCCGGACGCCCGUCGUUCGGAUUCACCACGAUGCCCCAUAGCGCUACUAUAGCAGCCGCACCGCCUCGAAAGAGUCUCGGUGCCCAGCCCGGGAAGACCAGACCGAUGCUCCCCGCACAUCUCCAACUCAACCCCAAUCCACCCAGCUCGCCCACAGGAUUCGGCCAAAUGCAACAAAUCGACUUGAACGGCCGGCCGUCGUUAAGCAGGACGAGGCCAUUCGGUCCUACCCCGGCUAGUGCAGGCGCCACCAUGGGUGCGGGUGCUAAGCCGAAGGUGUCGUUUGCGGCACAGAUGUUGCUGAAGGAAAGGGAGCGAGAGAUGAUGUGGGAGAGCAACGGCGCGUCGGGAGGCGCUGCUCCCCCGAUGACCGCCCCGCCCACACGGGAGACGUUUGGGCGGUAA